ACUCUGAUACCAAACCAAAAAAAAAAAAACAAAGCUCACUCCGUCCCUGGAAAGUGGAAACACGACGACGUAUUUCGCCGAAAGAUCACCGUUGGGUUCGAUUGUUGCAGUGUCAGUGAGGGAUCAUGGGGUUUCGAAGUUCGCUGCCAUUUUCCGGGCUAAUAAGACAGCUUGAACAAGAGAUGGAAACUGUGAUUAAAGUAUUGCAGCCUGGACCCUUGGGAAUCAUAGAGCAUAAGUUUUCUGCUGAGGAGAUUCGUAAGGCUAAUGAUACUGUCUCCAAGGCUGUGGCCAAUUGGCGAACCAAUGCAAAUUUGCAUCACAAAAAUCAACUUUUGAAAGACUAUAUUCAGAAGUGAAAUAACUUCAAAGUGCAGGCAUAUUUUGGCUCUUACAUGUGAGGACAGUUUUAUUUUAGAUCCUCUAAACGUUUUUUGAGUUUUGCAAAUUCCUUUCUGUACUUAUUUAUGAUGUUGUAUUAAACAUGUGAACUUUGGUACACAUGGCAUUAGCUAUUGAAUCAUGUUGACUGUUUCACUAUAA